AUGGCUGGAGUCUUCCGCACCCCACCAAAUACACCCAAAAAACUGAAAAAAGGUACAAAUGCACCCCAAAAUAUUCCCAGCACGGACAAUCAAAAUUUGGAAAUGGCGACAGGAGUAGCUGACGGGACCUGCGGGGAACCCGCUGAGCGCCUAGCUGAGCUUGGCGACUCUCCCCGUCAAAGUGCUCCUCCUGGGCUACCACCGGUAAUAACAAUAACAGACAUUCCUUCAACACUUGACUCGACAUUCACUGUGGAAAAAAUAAUAAGUAAUGUGCGACCGACAAGCCCGAUUUCCGCCCUUAAAGCGCAGAUGCCCACACCGACCGCCUCAGAACCCCGUCGAUCUGGAUCUACAGAGAUGGAGAGGCUUCUGUGGACUAGCAGGGACUCUAACAUCAGCAGUCCUGGCACAAAAACUCGCGCGGACAGGUAUCGGACUGAGAUCGAAAGACAUGCAGAAAACAUUACAGCACAGUUAACGCAAAAUAAGAGCGUCACGAAACUAAAUAAGGGAAGCAUAACAAAAUCCGUGGAAGCAAUCCUUGAGGCCACCCGCAGAUUUACUAGCGAGCUGGAGGUACUUGGAGUUGCACACGUGGAACCCGACGUGAUGUCAACACGCACACCAGGACCUGUUCUGGAUCCAGUCCAAUUGAAAAAUGACAUUAUUGCUGGAGUGCAGGUUGAGCUAACCAAAAUGCGAGCCGAACAACAGGCAAUAAAUGACAAGGUUUUAGCAGCAAUUAAUGAAGACAAAAGAGAGGAGGUUGGGUCAGAAAAAGAGACUUUUGCUACGGUAGUCAGUAGAAAAAACAGAAUGAAGUACAGAUCAGAAGCUGCGGCUGCGGCUGCGGCUGCCGCUGCGGGUGGAACCAUUGAAGAAGACGACUUGACUUCGCCCGCAGUGGGCAGGCCGUACAAGCCGAAACCCAGUCGCACAAAUGUACCACCGUCAACUAACUUUGUCGUUGUCCUGGAAUCGAUUGACCCAAGACAGGAAGGCAAAGAUGUCCUUAAAGUAAUAAAAGAAAAGGUUGAUGUUGUCGACAUUGGAGUCGGAAUCAAAAGCGUCAGAGAAACUAGAAACAAAAAGGUGAUAAUCUCUUGUGAUUCAAACGAAGACAGACAGAAACUCAGCACUGCAAUAAAGACACAAACAACUAACAUUACGGUUGGCAUACCUAAAAUGCGGAAUCCGUCACUACGGAUUAUCGGUGUCAUCCCGGAAUACGCAAGUGCAAAGAUCGAAGAUGCAAUGAUCAAACAAAAUGUAAGAUUGCUGGAUGGCAUAGCUGAUGAGCACAAAACAGUCAGGUAUGUACGUGCAGUCAAGGGCCGAAAUGACUCCGUCAGAAAUGCCAUAGUGGAAGUCAGUCCUCAAAUGUGGACUGCAAUGCAAGGGCAAAAAGUACGCAUCGGAUAUCAAUCGGUCAUGGCUGUCGACCAGUCUCCAGUAUUGCAGUGUUUUAAAUGUUUCGGGUUUGGGCAUCGCGCGUCAGAAUGCAAAUCUGAUGCGAGGUGUGCCUACUGCGCAGAGCACCAUGACACGCGAAGCUGCAAUAACCGCGAAACGGUGUCGCGCUGCGUAAAUUGUGUAAAUAGGAACUGCAAUGAAAGGGACUGCAUGCAUUCUGCAUUCAGCCAGACCUGCCCAGAGUGGAUCAAAUGGGACCGCAACAAAACUACCCUGAGCAGCAUUGACGGGUACGAUAUAUACCAAUAUUCCGACACCAGUAACAGAACAAAGGCAUGUAUCGCGAUCCGGAAAAAGCUAGGAAACUACAUUGGUAUCACACAGUAUAUGACAGCAAAUUUCUCUCCCGUACUGCUCACCUUCGGUAACAAGAAAGUACUGUUAUCUUCGGUAUAUGUCGAACCCGGUGAGGAUCCGUCCAACACACUAAACCAUCUAGAACAUGUACUGAGGGAGUACCCGAACAUUGACCACAUUAUAUGUGGAGACAUGAAUGGGUGGCACACCUCGUGGGGAUCUGUAAGAAAUAACGACAGGGGCAAGGACAUAUACGAUCUGAUAGUCACUAACGAUCUUGCGAUUACCAAUGUAGGCAACGAGCCUACAUUUGAAAAAGUCACACAUGGACAGACCCGAUACUCUAUAGUGGAUCUAACGCUAACUACUAUCGGUAUUGCGAGAAAUAUCGAGGAGUGGAAAGUUAAUCACGGAAUAGUGCCCUCCUCGGAUCACCAUGGAAUAGAGUUUCAAAUUAACUUAAAUAUUGAAAGAAAUAACAAGAAAGUCUCGCUAUCCACGUAUAAAUACAACACGGAACGAGUUAAAUGGGAAAACUUUGUUGAUAAAUUAAAGGAGAACAUUCAACGCUCUGAAUUGGAAAACACAGAUAUAGAUAACCUUAAUCCUAAUGAUAUAGACAUUUACAUCGCUAACUUAACUAAAUGUAUCACAAAAACUUGCGACAAGGUUUUAUGUCGCAAGAAGCCACAUAUUAAGAUUCCAUGGUGGACCGAGGAGCUCACUAAUAUGAAAAAGAAAGUGAUUCGCUUACAUCACCGCCUACAAGAUUUAAAACGCGGCAGGAAGGAUCUGACUAAUAUACUACGUGAGCUUUCUGAAGCUAGAACAGAAUAUGCCCAACUCAUUAGAGCUACAUCUAAUAACCACUUUCGUGACUUCUGUACAAGUCAGGGCAAAGAUGACGUGUGGACAGUUACGAAUCGCUUGCUUAAAAGUGGUCCCCAACCACAACCUCCUUCAACCUUAAAAAUACACGGAAAUACCUACACACUUACCACUCAGGAUACCGCUGCUAAACUCGCUGCUAAAUUCUUCCCCGAUGAUACUCCUGCCCAGGAUACCGCUCACCACCUGCAACAAAGAAAUAAUGCACAAAUAAUUAAUAAUAUACAUGAAAAUAAUAAUAUAAUAGAUGAACCCCCUUUCACUACACCUGAAUUAAUUGAAGUCAUCAACAGUAUGAGUCCGAAGCGCGCGCCAGGAAUGGACAGCCUGACUGCUGAUAUCUGUAAGCAAGAGCAGUGCUCCACGACUGACGCGCUGAACAGAGCAGUAAAUAACAUAAAACACUAUAAGUCCAAACAAAAGCUAGUUGUCGCCAUCUCCCUCGACAUAGAGGGGGCUUUUGAUCACGCUUGGUGGCCUGCUCUGUUGAGUCGUCUGAGAGCUGUCCACUGCCCCAGAAACAUAUAUAAUAUUAUAUACAGUUACCUUACUGACAGGAAAGUUGUCCUCAACUACGCAGAUGCCACAACCUUGCCUACCAUUGGCUCCAUCGCGUUGGCAGGAUUAACACCAUUACCGCUUAAGGUCAAAGAGGUCGCAUCACGAGAGAUCACCAAACGCACCAGAAUAACCAAAUACUUGCCGGAAGAUAUAUUAUACGACAAAAGAGUUCCUGUGGAGGAACUCUUACAUCCUGCCAAGAGAACUAACAUCACGAUCACAGAGGUACUUACACAGGAGGACUUAGAUCCGUUCUAUUCCACCGAAAUGAAUAGGAUUUUCACGGAUGGUAGUAAACAUGAUGAUGCUGUUGGCGCUGCUGUGGUCAUAUAUCACCCUGAUGGUCGAGAAACUACGAGAAAAUAUAAACUCCAUAGCAGUUGCACUGUGUUCCAGGCCGAGUGCCUGGCUAUUGAACAAGCAUGUCAGCUGUGUUUCACGCUCGGCCUGGAACAAUCAACAGUAUUCUCGGAUUCUAAAUCAGCCCUUAAUGAACUCAUGUGUCGCAGCAGUACUAAUACCACUAUUAAUAGUGCACAAAAGGCAACGAAGCUGCUGACGCUGCUGCCAAACACGCGGCUGUGCUACACAAGAAACCUGAUUUCCAUAAAUUCCCCUUAUCUUAUCAUCUUAAAAACCUUCGAGCAGACACUUAUUUAG